CACACUGCUGGAUUGUUUUUAUUUAAUUACAGCCGGUCGGUGAGCUGUGUGCAGGCCCGAUAACUUUUUUUUUUCAGUACCGGUACCAUUAGUUGAGUCACCUGGAGUUGAAGUCUAUAUUAUUUACUAAAGGUUCUAGUUCUAGUUGUAAUUCUAGUUGUAAUAGAAGGAAAGGAAAAUGACUAGAUCUGCAGUUAUAAAGAGAGUCACUAAUGAGACCAAGAUCCAAAUUGCUCUUUCUUUAGAUGGUGGUCAUAUAGCGAUUGAAGAAUCUAUCUUUGAAAAUAAGAACUUGAGUCCCAAAGAUGAGCAUGCAACUCAACAAACAUCUUCACAAAUUAUUCAAGUUCAAACAGGUAUAGGGUUUUUGGAUCAUAUGUUACAUGCUUUGGCUAAACAUUCUGGCUGGUCCUUAAUAAUAGAAUGUAUUGGUGAUUUACAUAUUGAUGAUCAUCAUACUGCUGAAGAUGUUGGUAUUACUUUAGGUCAAACUUUUCAUAAAGCUUUAGGUCAAGUUAAAGGAGUUAAAAGAUUUGGAACAGGAUUUGCUCCUUUAGAUGAAGCUUUAAGUAGAGCUGUUGUAGAUUUAUCUAAUAGACCAUUUGCAGUUGUUGAAUUAGGUUUAAAGAGAGAAAAAAUUGGUGAUUUAUCCUGUGAAAUGAUCCCUCAUGUAUUAGAAAGUUUUGCUCAAGGUGCAGCUAUUACUAUGCACGUUGAUUGUUUAAGAGGUUUUAAUGAUCAUCAUAGAGCUGAGAGUGCUUUUAAAGCUUUGGCAGUUGCUAUUAAGGAAGCCAUUUCAAGUAAUGGUACAAAUGAUGUUCCAAGUACAAAGGGAGUAUUAUUUUAAUUAAUUAGUAUAUACAAGACACAUAUUUAUUCACUAAUAAAAUACUUAUUAGCAGUCGUAGAGAAGUCCGCAAACUGUAGUC